UCCUCAAACAGAAACAUUAUGUUUGCAUAAACGUUGUUUAGGGUGCGCAAACAUUGAGCCAGAUCCUGUUCAGGGUGUUUUACAGAGCUAUUGUCCUGAUGGCUUUUAACUUCUCCUCACGUUAAUUCCAGCAGUUACAUUAUCCAUGAUUUUAAUGUCUUCCAGCAGACACUAAAGAAGAACAUAUUGGUGUAUCAAGAUGAGAUCUCGAGGUAAAGAAACAUCAGUUUCUUGGAAGUCUCUUUGUGUUUACAAAUGUGUUUCCAGUACUUCUCUAUUUCUUUCAGAUCUUCUCUAUGUUUUAACAACAAUGAUAAUCAUCUUAAUCUGGUGUUUCUCCAUCGACUGGUCAAUGCAAGAAGCUGCAAAACGGUCAUGUAAUGUACACGAUGGAGUUGAUGGUCGCUCAAUAGAGGCUUUAGAAACAGACUGUGAUAAUGGAGGUCUGUUUAAAUCUCAAUUUGGUUGUUGUCCACAUAAGGAAUGCUCCUUAGAUGAUUUCCCCUUUCACCUUCGCAGUGGAGCAGCCAACGUGGUCCCUCCAAAAAUCUGCUUUAAUAACACUAUCAUCAUGGGGGGUGUACGGGGCAAUUCAGGACAAGGACUCAACAUUGUGAUAAUAAACAGUCAAACCGGGAAGAUUUUAAGAAGUAAUUACUUUAAUUUGAAAUCUGAAGGUCACGAGGAAUUGCUUGAAUAUCUAAAGUUAAUAAAGCCUGGAAAUAUCAUUCUUGUGGCAUCACACAUCAACCCAGAGACAAAGUUGACAGAUGAGAUUAAAGAUAUAUUCGCUGGUUUUGGAAGCACUAUGAUCGGAUCCCUGAACCCUAUGGAUAGCUGGGUAUUUGCAGGUGCUUAUGGAAUGAAGAAAGUUAGUCCUUUUGAAAAGCUAAUUCAAAAUGAUUUGAAGAACAACGCAUAUGGAGACUGGCCAGAGAUGGGGGAGAUCAUGGACUGCUUUCCCAAAGUCUAGAGAUCUACAAGAUGAAUCACUGAUCACCACGUUUGGGACAUUUUGAAAUGGACGCAAACAAUUAAAUAAUCUACACAAAAUAAAUGUUUUAUUUGAAUGCUUAGAUUUCAUUUUGCACCCAUUGUAAAAGUAUCAUAUUGCUGCUAUAUCCUUCUAAAACCUCUUUUAAAUAUUUUGUCGUAAAUCAUUUAAAUCAAGCUUUAUGUUUGUCACUGGGUUUUGCAAAUAUUUAACUAAUAGAAAGUAUUAAAAAAUGCUUGUCAACUUUGACAACUCAAAAAUCGACAGAACAGUGUUUUUUGCAUUUACUGAAGAAACAGUGAAUUUGGACAUACGAGUUUUCGGAAGAACAGCAACGAUAUGGUUUUAUUACUUGGAAUAUACCUGAGGUCACAGCUCGGGGAGCCUUUACGUGCAUCUAACUGUGUAGAAAAGAAUGUUCUGUAAAUAAAUCUAUAAGAUGCCCAAAAAUAUUUCAAUAUUUUUUAUUUGAUUUCUUUUCUUUGUUUUUUAUUCGGUUUAACUUUUAACUCUUUCAUGCA